AUGGGCCCAAGUGUUAUUCAACCCUUUUUUAUGAGAGCCACUCAUGAUUUCCAUAACGAAGAUAUCACGAUUUCCACUAUUGUUACCAGUGAUAGAUUCCCUGUACUCGGUAGAUUAGCAACCCGAUACAAAGGCCCUAUUUCUGCAGCAAUUCAUAUUAAUGACGACGAAAACAAGGAAAAAGAGUUAAAUUUACUUUAUCAAGCAUUAGUCGACAAUCCUGAUAUGAAGAAAUAUGUGGAUAUUCAUUUAAUUAUCGACAAAUACGAUAGACAAUUCAAUAUGUGGCGCAAUACCGCCAAAUUAUAUGCACGUACUGACUACCUCAUGAUGCUUGACAUUGAUUUCUAUCUUUGUACAGAUUUCCGCACGCACAUUCUCCAGAAUCCUAAUUUAAUGUCCAUGUUGAGACAAGGUCACACCGCUUUAGUGGUACCUGCCUUUGAAUAUUUGGAUCAAUCGGAUGGCAUUGAUCAUUCCACCUUUCCCGAAACCAAGGAUGAUCUCAUGCUUCAAAUCUUUGAUAAUCAAAAGCUGGAUAUGUUCCAUGUGAGUUGGGAAAAGGGCCAUUCUGCCACCAACUACAUGAAAUGGUAUACGGCCGAAAGUCCUUACAAGGUGACCGAAUACAAUUUCUCAUAUGAACCCUAUGUCAUCUUUAAGAAGCAAGGUUCGCCUUGGUGUGACGAACGUUUUAUUGGUUAUGGCGCUAAUAAGGCCGCUUGUCUUUAUGAAAUCUAUCUCUCCGGUAUCGAUUAUUAUGUGCUUCCCGACGAUUUUCUCAUCCAUCAAUCUCAUUACUACCCCGAAUCCACUCGUAAGAAGGAGCGUUUAUUCAACAGAAAAGUCUAUUCCCAUUUUAGAGAAGAACUCUGUCUCCAUUACUCACGUCAAUUUGUCGCCGACGGUCGAUGGGAUACUCCCCGCUCUGACAAUCUUCGCAACGAGUGUCAAAAAAUCCGUGGAUUUACUAACGUCAUUACAAACAUUGACCAGUAA